CAAGCGUCGCCAGACGACCGACUACACUUCCAAAUCCGCACUCACCAACAAAAGUAGCAGAAAGUAGCACACUCAGAUCAUCGUCAUGGUCGGCAAGCGCAAGUGGCAAGAGGCGGACUGGGAGGUGGCGCUGGCUGCGCAGAGCUACGUGGCCGUGUUAGCUGCCCCAGAGGAGGAGCAAGCGGCUCCGGAGAGCAAGGCGAAGGCCAAGAAAGGCCAAAAGCAACCCACGAGACGCUCGACGCGCGCCAAAAAGACACUGAAGGACGAGGAAGAGAAGAAAGAGGAAGACAAUGAUGUAAACAUGGAGUCAACGGAGGGCAAGAAACCAGUGGACGAGUUCUGGCUCGCUCAGCUGCAGGACGACGUGACGGAAGACAUGCUGUCUCAAGAGGACGUGAGUGUCCACGUCACGUGGCUCAACAAGACCGCUGAAAGACGCUACGAGAUCGCGUAUGACGAGCAGGUGGACGGUGGCAGCAUUCUGUGCCACGUCUACCUUCGUGAGCUGAGCGCAACAGCCUUGGAGCUCACGCCCAAGUCGCUGGCAAGAGUGCAGCGCUGUCUGGCGCGUACCAAGGCGAAGCUGGCGGGUGAGGAGGUACCGGACGACGACGAUGACCCAGAAGACAACGAACGUCCUCCACCUUCUCUAGUAACAACCAGAAAGCGCCGAUCUGGAGAGGAGGACACCAAGACGUCCACAGGACGAGGCAAAGGCAAGAGCCAGAAGCUCAGCAAGCGAGAGAUGGCUAUGCAUAUCGCUCCACUGCGAACAACAGUAGACGAGACCAAGUACGAAGACCGAGAGCUACUGGGCUCCCAGCCCUUCGAGUCCUUUAAUGGAGACGUAUACUCAGCCAAUCGUGAGGUCGUGCGAGCUGUGCUGACCAGGAACAUCAAGCUGCUCAAGAAACUCACGACCGACGCCGACGUGUACGCUGAGCUCAGCACGUUCGACGCUCCUCGUAGCGCCGACGUCAGUCGUACUGCUCUCCACUAUGCUAUCGACAACAACGAUCUAGCAGCUGCGGCUCUGCUGCGUCAAACGGACGAGAAGGUAGACAAGGAGAAGCUCGCUGCUGCUCCGGAGGUGGCUCUGCCUUCACACUCAACCGGCCAGCACACGAGUCGCUUCAGUGACUACAAUCGACGUGCUAUCAAUGCCAGUCGUGGAGGGAAGGAAGGGAACAAUGCGCUGCUCGGAGAUAGCUACGCUCCUCGUGCUGCGACCUUGUCGCUUGACUAUCUGUGGCGUAGUUCGAACGCGAGCGUCGAGAUGCUCACGCUCCUGUACCCAACAGGAGACUGGACGAAUGGGUAUGUCGUGGGGAACAAUGUGUGUCACUUGGCACGCUGUGGAAACUACCGGCUAGUACGCAAAGUUGUCGAGACUUUGGAGAAGAAUGGAGGGUGGGGAUUCAAUGAGCUACACCACAAAGUGCUUGGAGAUGGCUCGACUGAUGGAGAUACGCCGUUGUUGCCACCAUUCCGAGCUGUUUCAGCAAUUAAGCAAGCUCAUCAAACGCGACUUCGACCGUUACAUCUUGCAGCAAUCAACCCGAACACGAAGUAUCUCGAGGAGCUUUGGGCUGUUGCAGGCGACGAAUUCAGCGCGAUCAAGGACGACCAAGGGUAUGAACCCAUCCACUACGCGGCAGGAUGCGAGUUUCCCGAACCAAUGAAGUUUCUUUUGGAGAAACGCUGCGGCAUGUUUGGCCGUACGAAGACUCGUUUGACGCCGCUGAUGUGUGCUCUAGAAGCGGGACGUGAGGAGACUGCACUUGCGUUACUCCAGUUCGCUGCCACACCGGGAGAGAGCGGCGGAGGCGGCCAAGAAGUUGCUGACAAGCUUGUUCGUGAGAAAGGUCCUGGUGGAAAGCAGGCGAUCCACUUUGCAGCACGUCAUGGAUGCGCCAAGGUGCUUGAAUACCUACUAACCGAAUGUGGAGGUGCUACGGAUGUGAAUGCUGUGAGUGGAGGAUCGAAUAAGUCCACGCCAUUGACUUUUGCGGCGCAAAAUGGUCAUUUGGAAUGUGUACGUGUCUUGUUGGCUAACGGUGCACGCGUUGAUCUUGGUGAUAAGCUCAAGAAGACCCCGUUGAUACUAGCAGUGAAGAACGGUCACACACGUGUGGCUGCUGCGCUCAUCAAUAGUGGCGCGAACGUGAACGUCUAUGAUACCUCGGAGAACAGCGUUGCUCACUAUGCGGCAAGCUAUGGCUGGCCGUCUUGUCUUCAGCUUUUGUGCGACGUUGGUGCUGAGCUUUGGGCUCAGAAUGCGUGGGGAUUUGUACCGCUAGCGUGUGCACUGCUAAAACAGCGUCGAGCCUGUGCUGAGCUCAUUUUGGCUCAAGUUAGUGGCGAAGCACAGCAGAAGUUCCUGGAUUUCAGAGACCGCCAAGGUCGCACGAUGCUGUUCCUGCAGUGUCAGCACUCACACAGUCUCGAGCAGCUGAGCUAUCUACUGGACAAGGGGCUUAAUCCAAACAUCAGCGACUCGGAAGGUGAGUACCCAUUGCAGCGGUUGAUUAAACGGGCCUGUGACGAAGCCCCAAGAACCGGAGAUGGUAAUACUAGCAGCAGCAACCAGGAGCUCUCCAAGUUCUUUUUGGAUGCGGUUAGUCUGCUCCUUCGACAUGGUGCGCACCCGCAGUACGAACUUUAUCCUGAAGAUGCCAAAGAUGACGAGAAAACGCAAACAAUGCUGCAGCCUCUCCAGUUGGCGAUGGUUGGCAAUCAGACCGAGAUAGUUGACCUCCUGCUUGAGCAGAAUGGUGUGCAGUCUGAUGCGCGAUCUUCAGAUGGUUCGGAUGCCUGGAUGACAGCUGCGGCGUUGGGCGCCGGGCUUGGAGAUUCAUACUUGUCGAAAUUACUUGAGCAUCACAGCAAAACGGUGAAUGGACCACUGAAGCUGGCAGGAAGGUCGAGACCCAAACGUGACAACUUUUUCCACGUGGUGGCUAAUCAUGACGCAGCUCAACUCUCAGCAAUGCCUGUGCUCAUUCGUAAGUGCGCCGAUAAGUGCCCGACAACGUCCGAAAUGAUGUGUGAGAAGGACGUAGAUGGAUACACCCCUGUCAUGAAGUUGCUGGAUCCAAGUCACGAGCGCAGUGUGCCUUCAGCAACGAACCAGACGGAUCCGGAUAAGCUGCAGAAUAUGCAAGAUAUCGACGCAAGGUUUGCUGACCUACUUGCCAUUUAUGCUGAGAAGUCGGCUAGCCGAGAAUCCUUCGUGCGAUGUGAGGAAGCUUCACGUCUUCGAGAUCUCACUGGCAUAGCCAACACCUCCGGGAACGAUGGUUCUAGCGAUGUCAUCCCAAGUAUCAGCGGUUUUGCUAGAAAAGCAAUGAGCGUCUCGGAUGGCUCUAAUGACGGUGACUAUGAGGAUGAUUCAGAUGGGAAUAAUAGUGACGACGACGGUAGCACAUCUGCUUCAGUUGAUCGGAAAACGCCUGAGUCCACCGCAAAGGCUGACGAUGAACCCAAGAUUAUGGUGCCGUACGAGACGGCAUUGCACCUGAUUGCUAGACGGAAACUCACGAGCGAGGCAACGAACCCGUGGAUGAAAUGGUACGGCUGUGCCAACCACUCUGCCAGAUGCCUCAUGCACCUUCUACUGGAGAAACGACCCGAGUUGUUUUCAACAAACCGCAACACCAAAGCCAAAUCCUUGGUUAACGUCGUGCAUCUCGGAAGCUUCAAGACGGCGCUACACUUUGCAGUGGAAUCGGGAGACGCGCCUACUGUGCAACUAUUGCUCACGCGCCAAGCCAAUACUAACCUGUCUCCCGUACGGUGCUCAAACUGCAAGGAGUUCGCUAUCAUGGACGCUAUAACACGAGCCAGUGGAGAGUCAACGAUUAAUCGUGAAAGUCACCCACCCUGCACGGGUAAUUGCGGCUUGAAGACACUGCUGGAGCCGGCGUUAUUUGAGGCUGUCAAGAGCAAGCACUUCAAGUGUACGCGCCUGCUUCUGAAACACAGAGCCGAUGUCAACUGUGUCUCCAAGACCUCCCAGGAGACCCCGCUGCACGUUGCUCUUCGAGCUAAUGAUGGUGCAUCCGUGAGUGCCCUUCUUUCGCAUGGAGCAAGUCUCAUGGCUCGCGAUGCUUUUGGUGCCUCGCCAUUGCAUCUAGCUGUCGUUGCACGUCACUCUAUCCCUGCAAAGGAGGCUCACGAUGGAGAAGUCGCAUACUCGACCGUGACGAUCACUAAAUCGUUUCCUGCUGGUCGUCCAAUUCCCGCAAAUACCAACUCGUUCACCGUCACUGUUUCGUCGGACACAGCCAACCAAAAUGGCGUGUCGUCCCACACAGUGGAACCGGCUAUCCUAGUCGCGUUGAAGGACUCAAGCGCCCCUCAAGCUGUCGUUGUCGGUGAUACGAAGAACAGAUCACCGGUCCAUUAUGCGGCGCGCAACCGUGAUCUCGAGCUAUUGCAGGAGCUACUCCGUGCUGCAGGGAAAAAGGGCGCUCGUAAUGCUGUAAACCAACGCGAUUGGCUCGGACGAACGCCUUUGCACUAUGCUGUGAAUGCCGCAGCCAUGAGCGCAGAUGCAUCAUUCGCUAUUGAGCGCUUCCUCCUCCAGAGUGGUGCUGAUGUGGCUAUCCAAGACGAUUUCGGCUUCAGCGCACUACAUUUCGCACUCAUUAAGGUGCAGCUGGAGUGGCAAGAAACGUAUGACCAGACCCACAGAAGAACCCAAGGUCAGAAGGAUCGUGAGGGACAAAUUCGGGACGCCAAGAUUUACGAGACUGAAAAGCGAGAGGCUUUCCUACGUGAUCACCUGGGUGUUAUUCCCGGUGGCGAGACGGAUCCGGUGGAAACAGUGUCGAAUCUGGCAACGGAACGAGGGCUUGUGGCACAAGAUGUACUUGGGCGCUCACCGCUGCACCUUGCAGCGGCCACAGGUGCCUUCGUGUGUGUUUCAACGCUUCUAGCAUCAUCUGGUGACCCCAAGGAGCAGAAGGAAGCCAUGACUCUCCAGGAUCGAGACGGAUUUACGCCACUAGGCCUUGCUGUUUUGCACAAACGACAGACAACCAUCAUGACGCUGCUGCGUAGUGGUUCUGCGGUCGACGGAACGCUUCGGAUUGCCCAGAAAUCCUCAAAUGGCGAUGUCUCCUCAUGGCCAGAGAGGCAAAGAACUUCGACAACGCCGAAGAAGGAGAAAGUCAAGACUCGAAGCUACUUCUACCAUGCUGUGAGCAAUGGACUCACUGGUAUCUGCCACAUGUUGCUCAGCGCUAAGUUCUGCAGACGUCAAGCUAUCGAAGACUCCGUGCGGUGUGGACAAUUUCAGCUCGCUCACAACCUUUUAGGGGUGCUGGAAUCUGGAUCAGACGGCGGGAUGGAACUAUUGAAGCGCCCAAACUCACGUGGCGAGACCUUACUCCAUUCUUUGGGUAAGACAAAGCAAACUGGCUUUGACACACUCGCGAAGAAGUUGGCAUGGGCGCUUGUGGAUGCUGGAGUACGUGUUGAUGCCCAAGACAAGAAGGGUAACCGUGCAAUGCACUACGCCGCGAAAUGUGGCAAUACUCACCUGAUGGAUUUCUUACAUCACCAGAACGGAGGCUCAAAGAGUGAGAACGCGACGAACCACAUGGGCGAGACGCCACUUCUCUUCGCUCUCAAGCAAAAAUACAGCGGCCGUAAUUUGAGUGAUGAUCAGCUGCUCACAGUGUUGUGCUACUUCUUGGAGCACCCUUCGUAUUCGCUGGAUAUCCAUGCAGUUGACAGCUCGGGGAUGAACGUACUUGGUGCGUUUUUGGACCGCUUUAUGGAGAGUUUGGCCGAGUCGAAACCUGUUUUGUUCUUCACGAUGAUGGAAAGACUACUGAAGCACGGGGUGGAUCCUAAUAUCAGCUUUAACAGUGCGUACGCGACUUCCCUGGAACGAAGAAAAAAAACUAAUGAGAAUGAAGACAAGGAUAAGCUACUACGGUCCGGUCGUGAGCUCUGCGAGAUGACAUCUAUGGCGCAAGGAGACUCUGACAAGAUGUCUGCACUCGUACGUGUUGCUAUCACUCCAAACGUAUCCACACGAUAUCAUGCACUAGCUCUCCUGCUCCGAUACGGCGCCAAACUAUCAACUGCUGAUGGCAGAGGCAACACGCUUCUAAUGCAUCUUGCCGCCCGUAACUUGGUUGCGGAGACCCGUCUCGCGCUUGGACUCGUUCGAUCAGUACCGGACCCGAAGGAUGUAUUCACGUUCGCCCCGUCAACCCGUGUGUGCUCUCUUCAUGUUCCAGAGGCGAGUGUGAAGGCAGCACUUGCUCAGCGCAAUGCCGCGGGGUUAACAGCGUGUCACAUCGCUGUGCAACCGCUAGAGUAUGGUUCCUACGAGAACACGCGCUUGUUGGGUAUGCUAGUCCGUGCUGGUGGCAAUCUACGUGUCAAGGACUCUACUGGAAAAUCCGCUAUAGACUAUGCACGGGACCAGCGCUCACGCUUCGUGCUCCGGUUCCUUCAACAGACAUUCCCCAAUAUCGUGUCAAGUCAAGCCGAAUCCACCGAAUCUAUUACGGUGUUUGCUGCUGCUCCAGCGUAUUCGGACGAUGCUAAUGCGUAUCUGGCGGAAUGCGAGACGUCGGGCAAGAUCUCGCGCAAACUGGUUGUGGCCAAGGUGAACGCUAGCUGUGAUGUCGGGAAGGUAAGCAAAGUACAUUCUGAAGGCGACGGAGAGGGUACGGAGCUGGACGCGUUGCUGACCAAGGUGGACGUGAAGAACGGACGCUUCGGUCUCAAUGUCUUCUAUCGCUUACAAUUGGUUCGCGACGAACUACAGGAUAUCUACGUGCUGUUCACGAACUGGGGACGGAUUGGCGAGACGGGGAAGUUCCAGAACACGCCGUUCCGAGAUGAAACGGAGGCUGUGAACGAGUUCAAAAAGAUCUUCCGAAGCAAAACAGGCAACGCGUGGGAGUCACGUGCUCCAGGCGAGUUUGUGAAGAAACCCAAGAAAUACAACCUCGUUCAACGCGUUAACCACUCGACCAAGGUAGACGAUGAAGUGACGAGAUCAUUUCGAGAGGACAUGGAAAGUGGAGCUAGCAAGGGCGUGGUGUUCCCGGAGCCUCGUGAUCCAGAUCUUUUGUCUUCCCCCAGCGUCAUGGCGAUGCUAGCUGCCAUCACAGACGUACGCAACUUGCAGCUCGCGGCACAGACAAGUUGUGGCUUUGCUGGUGGCGACUUACCCUUAGCGAAGCAGGAUGAACUCCGAGAUGCAUUAGAGAAGCUGAUCGAGAUCCGUGGUUUGCUGGAGGAGAAGGAAGAGCUUGUUAAGGAGAUCAGUACUGCCAGUGGUGAUUUAAGCGACGAAGGAGCCACCAAGCGUGCCCUCCUUGCUACUCGCCAUGAGGCUUUGACAGAGAAGGUGAGCGAGCGCAGCAGUCGAUAUUACGAGAUCAUGCCGUGUCAAGAAGACGCUUUAGCUUCUUCGAUCAAGGCUUUCGAUCAGGUGGAUGACGUGAAUGUGGAGAUCACGCGACUACGAAUGCUGUCGGACAUAAUGGAGACGUACAAGAUGAUUCUCGGUGCUAAGCGAGCACUCCCAACUCAAAAUCCGCUUGAAUAUUGCUACCACGCGUUGCAAGUGCGCCUUGCGCCGCUGCUUCCUGCAGACGCUGAACGACAGCUCAUUCACCGCUACUUCUUCGGUGGUUUACGCUCUUCUGAUCGUCGACAGUAUCGCAUCAGCAACGUGUUUGAAGUGGAACGUCGUGGAGAGACUCAACGGUUCAAUGAUCUUAUGGUGGAACGCCCGGACUUGAAGGCGAUGCAGACACAUUUGCUGUGGCACGGAACGAAACGCACUAACUUGAUGGGGAUUUUGUCGCAGGGACUGCGUGUUGCUCCUCCUGAGGCUCCGCAUCAUGGCUACGCAUACGGCAAGGGAUUAUAUUUUGCGAACGUAGCCCAAAAGAGUAUGAACUACUGCGAUGCUCCGUAUGCACUACCGAUCAUGAAAGAUGGCAAGCCCGACAAGACUACAAAGAAGACGCGCGAGGUGCACUACAUGCUGUUGUGCGAGGUGUCACUGGGGAAGCCCACCGAGGUAACAACAACUGCAGCGUGGGGAACGGAUCCUCUACCUCGUGAAGGAAUGGACAGUGUGAAGGCAUUGGCAGUGCACAAUCCUAAUCCGCGUGGUUCGCUCGUGUCACCGAAGUGUGGAACUAUGCUACACGUUGGCCAAGUGAUGCAAACGGGGGUAGAGCUGCCAUACGACCGUGUUUGGGCCAAAACAGAGCCAAACCCAACACCAUUCGGGUGGUAUGAACGCAACCCGAAGUUCACAGCUGAGACGCAGGAUUAUCUCAGUAAACUCGUGGCAGACAAGAGUUUUGCUGUUGGUACUACCCACACUGUGAGUACUACAGGCAAAGAUCGCGAGCACUUCGUGCAGUAUCAGUACGAGCAGCGGACGAUUAUCAUCGAGUUGGUAAGUCGUGACACUUCCGACUCAACUGAAGACGAUGACAAAGCAGAUACUGCGCCGCAAAAAGCUGGUAGUGGCGCUUGGUGCGAGGCCACGCUCAAGGUGACGAUCCGACCGGAAGAUGGCGGCGUAGCCUACAGCUACUCGGUCAAGCUCUAUCGCAAUACGUUGAAAAGCUCUCCUCUUGCCAAAGAUUUCACACUGGUCGAGCCUGCGCUAUCGGAAUAUGCUGAGCUGGUCGUGUACAAGGAAGCACAGGCGCGUAUCCGCUAUGUCGUCGAAGUGGAGACAGUGUAAGUUCAUGUACUGCAGGGUUGUCUUGAAAGUAUUUCUCUUAUUUUUUCUGUUUGAGAUUUCUUUACGUGGCUA